AUGACGGACCCUCCUGCAAAAAAUUUUUCGAUUCGCUUGGAAUUUCGAAAUUUACAAAGUAUGAUUUAUGCGAAAAAAUAUUAUGGAGUCACUGAAAAUCACUUUGGCCUUGAUUGUUUCUGCUGUCUCAGUCUUCACAUUUUCGAUCAACAAUUCCUGAUAAUGAUAAGAAAAUCAUUGAAAUUCUAUUAUCAAAUAUUAAAAUUGAAGAUUUCAUUGAAUUUCAAGACGUUCUUCAUGGCCGUAUACAGAUUUCCGGUACAGUUUUAUCGAUUUAUUGAUUCAUCAAGUUUUCAAAAAAUAAUUUCUGAAAUUUCAGAUCAAAAUGUGAAUCCAGUUUUGGAGAUCGCCAAAAAGUAUUCAUUUGAAUUUGUUUUGAAGAAAUGCGAGAAUUUUUUGAUCAAAAAUUCGAAUUUUUCCACUGUGGAGAAAAUGAAAAAAUUGGCCAGAGAGUUUGAUUUGGAAGAAUUGCAAUCUGCCUACUGUCCGAUUUGCCGAAAAUAUGUCAAUUUUUCGACUGCUGUUCCAAACUUUACCCUGAAAAAUGUACUGGAUAGUCUGGAAGAACUGGGAAAAAAUGAGAAAAGGCCAUUCGAAAAUACGAAAAAUAUCACGAUUGAACGUCUUCAGGAGCAAAAUUCUCAACUGGAAAGAGAAAAAGAAACGGCGAAAGAUGAUUUGAGAUUUGCAGAAACGUUCAUAAACGAUUAUUGGUCACAAAUUCAGCAUUUGAAGGCACAAUCAGCCCAAAGAAAUUCGACAGCCAGGAAAUAUAAAUUUUUGUUUUUUGGACUUUGUGGACUUUUAGUGAUUUCGAUUUAUCAGUAUUAUCAAAAACUCUUCUUAUUUUACUAUUUUCCUAUAUAUCUUAUAUCUUUUUGA